AUGCUGAAGCAUUUCAGAGGCGUUGACGCCUGCACUGCAGCUUGCUCAGGAGUGGGACACCUUUUCCGGGAUCCUAGCCACAGACCCUACGACGUUGAUGUCAACACGGUGGUCUACAACUACAAGCGCCUAGCCGAGUUGUGGGCUCAGGACCACCUGGACUACUUUUACAAGAUGAAGCCUGAAGCAGUUAGCAUGAAGCUGACCGACAUGGAGCCUGUCAAGGCGAACUACAACAAGCUGAAAGAAGAACUGGGCUGCAAGGAUUUGAAAUGGUAUUUAGAGAAUGUAGAUCAUGAGAUGGACUGGGAGCGGGACGUCCUCUGCCAUCCGCAUGCGCCCGCGGGACACGAGAUGAAGUGCAAGGGCAGACUGAUCCCAGGCCGAUGGACAGUCACGCAGACCAUACCCAAGGACGAGUAUCUGCAAAGAGACUUUGCUGCCAUGGAAAGACCCCAAACAGUCGCUGAAAGCUUGAGUUUGGAUCCUGAUCUUCACCUGCGUAUGAUCCAAAAUCCCAAUCAAGUCAUUCUGAGCGACAACACCCUGCUGGAACCUCUCUAA